AUGGCGUCGAAUGCUGAGGAGGAGCCUUCCUACAUUGACUACGAGACCUUUCUCGAUCCUCAAUUUCGGCCGGCUUCAUUUGCCAAUACCCUUGUUCUCGCCACGAAUAAUGCCAAUGAUGCUACGCUAGACCUCUCGACGCCGCUUUCCAAGGUCCUCUUCGAUGCGCAAGAAAUAGACUCCCACAUAGACUCGCUCACGACAAGAUCUGCAAUCCCGCUCCUGUCGCAUACGAAGGACCAGACGGAAUCGAGCACAAAGAUCAUAUCCGAGAUCGACCAUCAAGUCAAGAGCUUGAACGACAGCUAUAAGCAGCUUGAGAAGGAAGUUAUCCAGAAACAUGCCGAGGCAGACGAGGUCAGGCAGGUCGCUUCCCGCCUUUGGGAGACCCUGAAGCUGGGAAGGGCAGUCGGGCGCUGUCUUCAGCUAGGCCGGCAACUCGAGGUGCAACAUGCAGAGAUCUCCAGCUCUGCUUCGGCACCUGCAGGCAAGAGAGAGGAUCACAGAGCAUUGGUGCGAUGCGCGCAUACGAUAUUAUCACUGCGGGAAGUCCUGGACCACAAAGCGCCCGGUGAAGAAGGACACGGUCUCGACAAGAUCAAUGCGAUCAGGAGUCUGCAAGACAGCAUCAUUGCGCCCAUUGAGCGAUCGAUUAGGACCACGUCGGAACAAAUCAUUCGCGAAUUCGCCAUAGGCUCGGCAAGCGGCACGGCGACCUUUGCACAAAGUGAAGAGACCAAGGCCCGAACACUGUCAGCCAUGACGGCGCUCUAUCUUAUCUCGCCCACAUCUGGUGUCAAAGCCGACAAGUGGACACCGCUCCUCCUCCUUCAGGCUUUGGAGACCUACCUACGCAAUGCUCUGCAAAGCUCAAUCACUUCAGUCGCCCGCUCGUUGGCCACUUUGCCUACAUUAGAUCGCACACUAGCAGAAGUGUCGGCGCGAUGCCAAAACAUUGUUGCUUUGGAGAUCAUACUUGAUUCGACAAAGGCGCCGCCACAUCCUCUCAUCCCGAGGCCGAAGAGCCAUGUCGAGCCCACGAACCUUCUACAACCACUUUUGGCAUACUUGGAAACCGGAUCUCUGCCAUCGUACUUUUGGCGGUCUAUGGCAAGUAGCUUGUCUACGAGAGUGGUUGAGAUUGUUAACCGCGGAGGUGUAUCUGCCCGCACACUCAAGAGCAAUCGCAGUGCAGUAGGAGAUGCCAUCAGGGAAUGUGUGAUCAAAGGUAGCCAGCCUCCUAGUACAGUGACUGCAAGCAAGGGUAAAUCUGCCAAAUCAGACGCCGAGAGAUCAGGUUGGGAUCGUGAGGUGGCAGUCAUGGUGGGUAGCGUAGUAGGGAACCUUGGUCGGUGA